UUGAAAAGCAACACCGGAAGUUGGUUUGUUUAUUCAAGCUAGUUUACGGUAUGCUACACUGUGCAGUCCUUUCUGUGCUCUAACAAUGUAUUUACAGGAACAUGUCUCUGUAAGAAGACACUGUGUGAGAACAGAGAGUUUCAGGAAGCGGGUCAGUUUGUGUCGUCGUUGAAAAACGUCGUAUGUCCACGGUUUCCUUCAGAAAUGCAGCUGCUCUACGCUAACGAGAGAUGCUGUUAGCUGUAUCACAGUGUACCCCGCUACCGUCUGCUGCUCCACCACACGUCCAAAUGUGAUGCCUGUCUGAGGGAACAUAAUGGACAAUGGAAAAGUGAGCCGUGUGUGUCGGCCCCAGCGGAUCAGUGAAUCGUCCAAGGUGUUCCGCUGCGUGGAACAAGGUUUGGAGGUGUUGCAGGGCCUCAAUGAGCAGCGGCAGCACAGCCAGUUCUGUGAUGUGGUGCUGGUGGCCGACGACCAGCGGCUCCCCGCGCAUCGAGCUCUGCUGGCUGUCUCCAGCCCGUACUUCUACGCUAUGUUCACCUUGGGCAUGAGGGAGGAACGCCAGGAGGAGGUGCAGCUGGUUGGGAUGUCCUACAUCGGUCUGACGGCUGUAGUGGACUUCCUGUACAGUGGAGAGCUGCCAUUGGAUGGAGGAAACAUUGACUAUGUGCUGGAAGCUGCCCACCUCCUACAGAAACCUGCUGUUGUUCAGGUGUGGCGUGUGGUGGAUUUCUGCUGCCAGUACCUGGAGAGGGAGGUGAGUGAGGACAACUACCUGUACCUGCAGGAGCUGGCUCUGCUCUACAGUCUGGAGCGUCUCGACACAUUCAUCGACCACUUUAUCCUUGCACGCUUCGCCACACUCUCCUUCACCCCCGAUUUCCUGCGGGACAUUCCUUUACACAAACUCACCUCUUACCUCUCCAGUGGCCAGGUUCAGCAUGACAGCGAGCAAGCGCUCCUCCAGGCCGCCCUGCAGUGGCUCAGCCACAGUCCCGAGCGUACCGUUCACGCCAGGCAGCUCCUCUCCCACAUCCGCUUCCCUCUGAUGCCGAUGGGGGACCUCGUGGGACGGGUGCUGCCGGCGGUGCGGGCCUUGCUGCCGGAGGAGGCCGGAUGUGAGGCCCUGGUGGAGGAAUCUCUGGCGUAUCACGCCAGGCCCAGCGCCCAGCCGCUCCUGCAAACAGGACGCACCACGCUGAGGGAGGGAGUAGAGCGGCUCCUGCUGAUUGGAGGAGAGGUGUCAGAACGUGGAGAGGAGCUGAGUGCCAAUGUUUGCCGACUGGACGGUGAAACAGGAAGCUGGGAGGUGGAAACCGAGCUGCCGGCCCAGCGGAGCCAUCACUGCCUGGCAGUGCUGGGGGGCUUUAUCUUCGCUGCUGGCGGCAGCUCGUCCAGGGACAAUGGUGGUGACGCAGCCUGUAACCUGCUGUACAGAUACGACCCCCGCCACAACCAGUGGACCAAGGGUGCUCCAAUGAAUCAGCGGCGAGUGGAUUUCUACCUCGGGGUAGUUGGAGAGUGCCUGAUUGCCGUGGGUGGGAGAAAUGACAAUGGAGCUUUGUCCUCUGUGGAGGUUUAUUGUCCCGCUGAGGACUGCUGGUCCUACGUGGCAGAACUGCCCAGGUGUACUUACGGCCAUGCUGGGACGGUCCUCGACGGCAUAGUCUACAUCUCAGGUGGUCACGACUAUCAGAUCGGCCCAUACCGCCGAGAUUUCCUGAGUUAUGAUCCAUCACGGGACAGUGACGUUUGGGUGGAAUGCCAGGCUAUGUCUCUGGCCCGGGGCUGGCACUGCAUGGCCUCCCUCAACCACCUCAUCUACGCCAUCGGGGGCAGCAAUGACCACGAGGACACCACAGAGCGCUUUGACAUCCUGCAGGUGGAGUCCUAUGACCCGCACGGUGGCCAGUGGACCCGGGUGGCGCCACUGCUGCUGCCUAACAGUGAGGCAGGGCUCGCAGUCUGGGCAGGGAGGAUCUAUGUGCUUGGGGGCUACAGCUGGGAGAGUAUGGCGUUCUCCAGAGCCACUCAGGUGUACAACCCCGAUAAGGGCUCAUGGUCCAGAGGGCCAGACCUGCCGAAACGCAUCGCAGGGGCCUCGGCUUGUGUGUGCACCGUGAAACCCUCACAAUCAUCUCCCUCUUCGGAGAGGAAGAAGAUGGGACGAGGGAUGAAAGGAAUGUCACACCCCACGUAUCCGUGUUGAAGGUCUUUCUGUUGGUGCAAAAAUAAGGCCAGACUUUUGGCAGAGCUUGGUGUACUUCAGAUACUAACUCUUCAAUAGAAGAUAUUUAGUAUCAGAAUAAUUUUGCCCAGAGGCACUGCAGCAUCACAACAAGGGACAGGAGGAGCAAUAAUGAUAAACACUGAAUUAACAAUUUCCUUUAGCAAAUAACAACUAAUAAGUGUAUGUUGACAACAGCUACAUUAUAUGAUGCACAGUCUUUGUGUUGCAUAAGCAUUCACAGUUAGAUAUCAUCUGAAGACAGCAAUCAUUUUUGUCUCCUUGCUACCGUAGAUGCAACAGUAUGCUUUUGCAUUCAGGUGUCUGUCUUGUCUUUUUAAAGUCAGGAAAUGAGAGCUUGUAGAAGUUCGGAGGCUGAAUGAUGGGUUGAUAUUAAGUGUUAACUUGAAAGAUUAAGCUCAAGAUUUAAGCGUGGGAGUUGUAGUCUUGCACUCUAGUCUGUGCUGUGAAUAAAUCCAUCCCAUGCACACAGGAAAGCCACCAGGAAGGUUGUGUUAAAACUGGGUAUACCCGCUGAUUCUUUUGUACAUUACUGAUAGUUUGGAACCGUUAAACACAUGAAAAACUCUUAACCAGCAUACAUCUGUAUUUUGGUUUUAUAUAUUAAUUUAAUUUAAUUUUCUUCAAACCAGAAGCCAAAAGAAUCUACACAUAAUGGACAGAACAGCAGACUGUGAUGUUUCAAACCUUCAUCUCUUUGAAAUGAGUUCACUUCACUCAUACAGAGCUUAAUGUGUGCUUCAAUACAUUUUUUCUGUUGAUCAUAUUUGAUCACCUGGUUGAGCACGAUGCCUCUCUACACACCUGUAGCAAUGCGUCUCUGUCAUUGGCCCCUAACACUGUAAAACAAGACUAAUGCUUUAUUUGCAUGUCUUCCACAUUGAUCAUACAGUGAGGAAGCUGACUUAUGGCCUGGGGCGUGCAGCUUUAGCCUCAGUCUUUUAGCACAAUAUGAUGUUAGAAAGCCAUUAAGAACAUAAGACUCCUCUUGCAGUCUACUUGUUUUAAAACCAGUGCCAGGGACAUUUGUCUUUACAGCUAGCAAAACAGCAGCGACUAGCAACAAUAAGCUGCUUUUGUCUUGUCUGAAAUCAAGGACCAGUUGUUUCAAGAGUUGCUACUGAUUUGUAAGAGGGGUGGGAAAGAUAAAAUAUUUCACUCUGCUUUCGUUUGAGAAGGGUCUCCUACAAGAACUGUAGUUGAUUAACACACUGAAUGCCUGAGUCAAUUGUGUUGCUCUUUCUCUGUUAGAUACUGGGUCAGGUGACACCUGUGGUGCACCAAAUCCCAAGACACCCUCAGAUUCCUCAUUCCAGCUCCAAGGACUACCCACUUUGCAGGACUAAAAGCAGUAGAAUUGUCAUUGUCUCUAAGCACUGCCUCUAGAGUACAAAGUACAUCAUUCUUGAUUAUUUGUGUUAUUUUAUAAGUAUAUAGACAGAUUUAAACCUGUCUGCACACUGGAAAGCAUCGCCUGUACUCCGGUGUCACACACCAAAGCACAAAUCCUCACAGAGAAAAUGUUACAUUACGGAAGCCCUGAGAGGCUUAAUGCUUUUCCAAGGUUCAUCCGGAAAUGCCUACCUUAACACACAUAUACAGUGAGUGUGAUGAGUGUGGUUAUAAUGUGCUCAGUAUUGUAAUAAAAUAUAAGUGUUUCAGAGUUA